GGCUACUCAAUUACUGGAACGUCUAAAAUCAAGAAUUCUCAACAUGUUAAGUCAACCACACUUGAAUUUGGAUUACUUCCAGUAUGUUGUCAACCAAGAGGCAUUUAUUAUGACAGCUGCCUCUAAUACCUUAAACAUCCCAAAUGAAAUUGUGGAGUGUCUUUUAUGCCUGCAAAGUAAGAUCGACUCAGCUGUUUUCCAAGAGAGUCCCUGUGCCUUUGUUAGAGCUGGAGGACGAGGAAGACCAAAGUUCAUUUUUUCUGAGGAGCUUCUUUCUCGGCUCAUCAACAUCCCCUUACCAGUGUCUUGCAUUGCCAAUAUGUUGGGUGUCAGCCAAAGCACAAUCUUCCGGCGUAUGCGUGAAUGUGGGUUGUCCACAAGAUCUACCUACAGCAACUUAUCGGACAGUGAACUAGAUGAUGCUGUACUGUCCAUAAAAAGCAGGAUCCCAAAUGCAGGCUACAGAAUGGUUAAAGGUUGUCUGCUAGCUGAUGGCCAUAGAGUUCAGUGGGAUCGCAUCAAGGAGUCCAUGCACAGAGUUGAUGCUCCAGGAAUUUUGGAAAGGAUGACACAGCUGGGGUGCAUAGUGAGAAGGUCCUACUUUGUACAGGGGCCUUUGUCAUUAGUCCAUGUGGACACAAACCACAAGCUGAUACGGUACAACAUCAUCAUAUUUGGUGGAAUAGAUGGAUACUCGAGAAAGAUUUUCUAUCUGGAACCAGCAACGAACAACCGCUCAAGCACUGCUCAUUCAUUUUUUCUGAAGGCAGUAGAGAACUACGGCUGGCCUUCCAGGGUCAGGGCUGAUCAAGGCGUUGAGAAUAUCUUAAUUGCUGAAACCAUGUUCACUGUUAAAGGAACUGGAAGAGGAAGUUUUAUAGCCGGGCGGAGUGUACAUAAUCAAAGGUUACAAUAUUUCAUAUAGUUUACAGUUAAGCAAUUCCAAGAUAUGAAAUGGAAAAUUAUUACUGCACUGU